ACCUGCCAGGUUGAACCUCCAAGGCUGUAAAAACGUUUUAUGACUCAAAGCCCGCCUGGAAACUGAAACAGAGCAGCGCCAUGGCGUCUCCAGUGACCGACUCCCCCGUCAGAUCGGGUUUUCACAGAGUGGAGGUCCAGAAAACGACGUGGGACGUCCCGGAGAGGUACACGACGCUGCGGUCGAUCGGCUCCGGAGCUUACGGGACAGUUUGCUCCGCCAUUGACCAGAAGACCAUGGAGAAGGUGGCCAUCAAGAAGCUGUAUCGGCCUUUCCAGUCCCUCAUCCACGCCAAACGGGCCUACAGGGAACUCAGGCUGCUCCGCUACAUACAGCAUGAAAAUGUGAUCUGCCUCCUGGACGUCUUCACACCUGACCCCACACUGGAAAGAUUCCAAACCUUUUAUAUGGUAAUGCCAUUUGUAGCCCAGGAUCUGGGCCACAUUAUGAAGAAGAGGAGGUUAAGUGAUCGUAUCAUCACAUAUCUGUUCUACCAGCUUCUUAGAGGACUCAAGUAUAUUCAUUCUGCAGGGAUCAUUCACCGGGAUCUGAAGCCCGGCAACCUUGCUGUGAAUGAGAACUGUGAAUUAAAGAUCCUGGAUUUUGGCCUGGCAAGACACACAGAGAGUGAAAUGACUGGUUAUGUUGUGACACGCUGGUACAGAGCACCAGAGGUCAUAUUCAACUGGAUGCACUACAGUCAGACAGUGGAUGUCUGGUCAGCUGCCUGCAUCCUGGCAGAGAUGAUUACUGGCCAGGUUCUUUUCCCAGGACAUGACAGUAUUGAUCAGCUGAAAAAGAUCCUCCGUGUGACAGGAACGCCAGACUCCUCCCUGGUUCAGAAGAUGCAGAGUAAAGAUGCGCAGUCAUAUGUUCAAGGUCUCCCUCCACAAAAGAAGAAAAACUUCAAGGAAGUGUUUCCAUCCAUGGAUGGAAAUGCUGUAUCCCUGAUGGAGGGCAUGUUACUGCUAGAUCCAGAGGCGAGGCUGACAGCUAAACAGGGGCUGUCCCACCCCUUCCUGGCUGAAUAUCAUGACCCAGAGACUGAGCCAGACUCUAAGCCUUACGAUGACUCCUUCGAGAAUCUGGAGCUCGCUGUUGGCGAGUGGAAGAGUCUUAUCCACAUGGAGAUCAUGACCUUUGACCCUGACAACCCCAGUAACACAGCCAUGUAGGAUGCUGUGAUGUGCUGGCGCAUCCCAGUGGUUGGUUUUAGUACCUACACAUACUGUAAAGCACCAACACUGUCAAACUCAGAGAAACAAAUGCAAAAAACAUUUUUAAAAAUGUCUUGAAAGUCGUUUUUCUGUGCAUCUGAUAUGUACUGUAGUUAAAAUGCAAGUUACUUAAGGGCAGCUUUACUUGUUAUGGUGGUCUGUACAGGACAAUUGAAAAGCAGUAGCAGUAAUAAUCAAUAAUACAAUCAAUAAGCAUAACAUAUAUUGACAAAAUCAUCUUAACCCAUGGUCCACUUACUUUUUUCGGAGACUUUCAAAUCCAUCUCAUGGUUUUCAUCCCCAGAACAUCUCGCCGCUCUUUCUUCGAAAUGUUACGUGUUCUAUUCAUCUGAUGAUAGAGUGUAAGGUAAGGCUGAAGGCUAUGAAAAAAAAUAGUAAGUGCACCUUUAGUUAAGAUUAUUUUGUCAAAUUCCUAUCAUUUCAAGGUCAAGGAUAAACGUUUAUGCUCUAACUACUGCAGAGUGGAUGGUCAAAGAAAUGUGUAACAUUAUUAGCUGAGAAAUGACAAAUUAAUUACUAUAAACUUGGUUGACAGACAAGAACACAGACUCACAAAUUGUGUGUGUGUGUUUCUUGACUGACUUAAAUAGUAUAUAGGUGCUUUGUAAAAAGAUAACCAUGGCCCACAAAAAAUAUUAUAAAUAAUAUCCUUAGUUACAUUUCAUCUUUUAUCUUACUUUAACAGUAAUCGUAUACGUCUCAUUUUGUUUUUGUGUAACAUUCGUAGUAUGUAAAAGGCAUAGUGCAAUUUCACUUUAGGACUCAUUUGGAAAGAUGUUUUGAUCAUCAUUUUUACUGUUGGGUAUUUAAAUAAAACAUUGUAAAUAAAUAAAUCAAUAAAUGGCAUGCUAUUGAUUUAAUGACGGAUUGUCUUUGAAUGGACUCAGAUGUUAGAGUCAUCCAACACUAGAGGGCAGCAUUAGAUCAUAGAAAGUUUUCUUUGACGAGGGAGGAGGUGGGUUGUUGGUGUGUCUGCUGGUCUGAAAGUAUUUUAAACAAAGGUACAGUGAAGAUCUGCAGGAAAGAGGAAU